AUGGCUUCCGGUCAUAGCCUUUUCUUAAUUCUUCUUCUUUUUUGUCAAAUGUUGGGUCUUGUGCUGUUUCUGAGAGGUUUCUUUCCUCUGAAGACAGCAAUCCAAGGAAUGGCAGCCAUCACGGACCUUCCCCCGGAGCCAUCAGCUGAGAGGCCAGGAGAUCCUUUGUCUCCAAAAUUCGAAAGACUGGUGAUCGUGUUGAUCGAUGCCUUAAGAGCAGACUUCGUAUUUAACAAUCAGUCAAGGAUGCCUUUUACUCAAGAAAUAAUCAGAACUAACAAGUCAUUUAGGUAAAGUAACGGUAUCCUACUAAUGUUCUUUGUUGCGUGACACUAAAUUAUUAAUAUAUUGAUUUUUUUUAAGGCCACAGUGACAACCUUUGUAUCCAGGGGGGUGGGGGGGGGGGGUCAGGGUUAAAGAGAAUCCACGUAGGAAGAAAUUUGAAGUGCCCAAUAGCUACUCAAAUUUAAUUAUGUGGGAAAUCACCACUGUACAUAAUUUAUGCACUAAUCAAUACCCCUCCAGAGGUGGGUAGGGGGGGAAAGGGGGGUUCCUGGUCUCUGCAAAGAAGCACUAGUUCAAGUUCAAAUUUUUGGUGGUUCAGUUAGUGAUAAAAAUCCCUUGGGUCUUUCCCCAGAGAUCCUUUUAAAUAGCCCAGCCCCCAUCCUGGAGAAAAAAUUGCGAACAAAACCAGGGGCGGAUCUAGGGGGAGGGUGCAGGGGGUGUUCCCCCCCCCCCCUCCCUUAGAUGACCUGCGGUUUUCUAAUACAACUGGUAUUCUGCAAAAAAAAAACUAUCUGGUUUAUUGGUGUUGAAGUAGAGCAAGAGAUGAGUGCACCCCCUCCUAAAAAAUUCCUGGAUCCGCCCCUGAAAACUCUCCAAAUCCGGAGGCUUGCUUGCAUAUGUCCCCAGGGUCACCCUGCCAGGAUGGCUGCUGAUUGGUGCAUUAUAGAAAUAGACCCCUACACCUGCCCUCACUAUACCAAUGUCUAUAAAACAUCACUAAUUUGCAGAGCCCUAUCUUUGCUUUUUCUGACAUACCAGUUUCAAACUUGGUACAUGUUAAGUUAACUGAAUUUAAUGUGCUCUUUGCAGCAAUAUUGAGGACAAUAUGGUGACAAUAUUGUCAAAAGUUGAAAAAACACAUGGAAGGGCCUACUGAAAAAAAAAAACAGUGAGAAAGUGUCCUUCAGCUCGGGAAUUUAAUAAACACAUGUAGAAGUAUAAUGACAUCUCAAUUUUAUUUUUUCCAGCUUUCUAGCAAAGGCACAUCCACCAACGGUAACCAUGCCAAGAAUUAAGGUCAGUUUAGCCAACAGAAUAGAAAUGUUUGUUAUGUGCCGCUGUGGUCAGUCACUUAAGCUGUAAGUCCCUUUUUCCUCAAUUAAGAUUGGUCACAGAAGCAAGGGACAGGUCUGGCCCAAGUAACCAGGAAUUCUGCCAACAUAAUAAACUUUGGGUGAAAUGGCUUUUGUCCAUAGUGCCUUUUACUUAUGAUAAUAAUAAUGUGUACUUCUGAGUGAAGGAUUUUGAUGGUAUUGGCAUUGGGAAAUUAAUAUUAUUUUAAUUUAUACACCCAUAAAAUCUGAAAUUCUCUUCUUCUCCUGUAGGCACUGACCACAGGUGGGAUACCAGGUUUUAUUGAUGUGGUUUUCAACAUAGACUCGGAAUUUCUCCAAGAGGACAAUUUGAUAAGUCAGAUGAAGUUUGCAAACAANCUCUCCAAAUCCGGAGGCUUGCUUGCAUAUGUCCCCAGGGUCACCCUGCCAGGAUGGCUGCUGAUUGGUGCAUUAUAGAAAUAGACCCCUACACCUGCCCUCACUAUACCAAUGUCUAUAAAACAUCACUAAUUUGCAGAGCCCUAUCUUUGCUUUUUCUGACAUACCAGUUUCAAACUUGGUACAUGUUAAGUUAACUGAAUUUAAUGUGCUCUUUGCAGCAAUAUUGAGGACAAUAUGGUGACAAUAUUGUCAAAAGUUGAAAAAACACAUGGAAGGGCCUACUGAAAAAAAAAAACAGUGAGAAAGUGUCCUUCAGCUCGGGAAUUUAAUAAACACAUGUAGAAGUAUAAUGACAUCUCAAUUUUAUUUUUUCCAGCUUUCUAGCAAAGGCACAUCCACCAACGGUAACCAUGCCAAGAAUUAAGGUCAGUUUAGCCAACAGAAUAGAAAUGUUUGUUAUGUGCCGCUGUGGUCAGUCACUUAAGCUGUAAGUCCCUUUUUCCUCAAUUAAGAUUGGUCACAGAAGCAAGGGACAGGUCUGGCCCAAGUAACCAGGAAUUCUGCCAACAUAAUAAACUUUGGGUGAAAUGGCUUUUGUCCAUAGUGCCUUUUACUUAUGAUAAUAAUAAUGUGUACUUCUGAGUGAAGGAUUUUGAUGGUAUUGGCAUUGGGAAAUUAAUAUUAUUUUAAUUUAUACACCCAUAAAAUCUGAAAUUCUCUUCUUCUCCUGUAGGCACUGACCACAGGUGGGAUACCAGGUUUUAUUGAUGUGGUUUUCAACAUAGACUCGGAAUUUCUCCAAGAGGACAAUUUGAUAAGUCAGAUGAAGUUUGCAAACAAGAAGAUUGUUUUUUACGGUGAUGACACGUGGAUGAGGCUGUUUCCUGAGCACUUUGAAAGGACAGAUGGCACAACAUCAUUUUUUGUCACUGAUUACACUGAGGUGUGGCAAUAGCAGUAGCAGUCCCAAGGGGGUAUUCCAGAGUUAAUGUGACAGGGAUGAUUGACAGAGGGCAAAAACUAAAACUCCAAGAAAAUCACUACAGUAUCCAAUGAAACCUGAAGAAUUCCCUGGACCAAGCAUUAAUCCCCCCAAAAUCUCAAGCCCAUACUCCCACGGUCAUAUAACUGGAAGGCAUUAAAUAUUCAAACAACUGCAAACAAGCAGAACUACAUGACUAUGUGUGUGGUACUACAACAAUCUACAGAUUGUUUUGAAUACCAAAACAAUCCCUGCUUAAAUUGAGGCACCCCAAAGUACUACCUUUACAAUAUUCCCUUCAAAUUUGGCUUGUUCAAGCAAAAUAAUCUCAAAGUUACAUGGAGUAUUUUUUGGAAAAUAAUCAGGACUUAGUACACAAAAUAAUUAUUAAUUUCUUGUUUGCACGUGACGUCACGGCGACCAUCUUGGUGGUCCAGAACAAAAGUAUUUAUCUCCUCUGGGAACUAAACUCUAUUUUAUGUAAACUUUUCUCGCAAAAUUUCUAUUGUAUUGACCCCCAACAUGGCCGCCUUGUCAUGUGGUUGCAAACCAAGAAUUGAAGGAAAACAGUGAAUUGCAAAUUAAUUUAUGAUGGAUGACUUGUCCUAAUCCAUUCAUUGCAAUUUUACAAAAUAUAAUUAUUGAUAACAAUUGUCCAACUACUGUUACAGUGGUCCGUGUAGCUGUCACUCGAAUUUUCACUACUAACCCUGUAAUACUAUGAAGUGAUGAACCCGGAACUGGUAUAUCCUGUGUAACGGGGGCCAUCAAGUCCCCUUGUAGGACCCAAACUCCUGGAAAUGGACCAUAUUAUAAACAACAUUUAUAACGCAAUGCUCAGUUGGGAUCAAAAAAGAGAGGCACCUUCUCUGAUGGUACUCUGUGGUGAUCAUGGAAUGAGUGAUGCAGGGAGCCAUGGUGGUGCAUCAUCCUCAGAGACAAGCACGCCCCUUGUGUUUAUGAGCCCUUUGUUUGAACGUCUUGGAGGUGAAGUAUUUAACAGGAAAGAAGUUCAACAAAUUGAUCUGGUGCCGACUUUGAGUCUACUUUUGGGGCUUCCAAUACCUCAAAACAGGUAAAACACGAAACGGCCUUCAUAAUCUAACUAUUUAGUGCUUCUAAUAGGUCAUGGGACCUGGAAGUGUUGAAAGUAUAUUUAACUCUAUUUUUUUAGCCAGAGUGUAAGGAUAUCUCAACACUUCAACUGACAAGGAGCAUGAUCAAUCCUAUUUAUUUGCCUUAUCACUUGUAAGAAGUUAACAGAUGGACUCAACACCUAGGACAAAACUGACCAAAGAGAGGUUACUCAAUGCUUUCUGCAUUAGAAGCUCUUAUGUUUUUCGUGGUUUUGAUAAAUUUUAUCUGAUUCCUCCUUUGUUUUCUUUUCAGCAUAGGAGUUGCUAUACCAAGCCUCUUCGGCUUUCAUACACCAAGAGAAAUGCUAAGGGCUCUACAGCUUAACACACACCAGCUGUCUAAAACACUUACCGCAAAUGGCCACGCCGUGGAGAACAUGUACGAACUACACCACGCCCACAAGCUUCACUCUGAUUGGCUCAAAUCCACGGAAUCUGGACACAGUUCCACAAAUCUCAAGACAACGGCGGGAAAGGUUGCUAAGCAGUACAUCCUGGCUCUUGAGAAAAUGACCAGUCACAUGACCGCCUCGCUUUCAAAAUACGACCUUCAUGCAAUGAUUUGUGGUAUAGCUGUUCUUAUUCAAACGCUUUACUGGGUGGCCUGUGGUUUGCAUCGAAUUUCUUUUCCAAACAAAACAGAUGAAAGCCUUGAUGUCUCUGUGACAAGUGUCUUUGUGGUGAGCGGCGCUGUUCUUCUUGUUGCCAUUCUUCACCUCUUAGCUUGUUCCAGCACAGUGAUUGGUAAGUGAAAAAAGCAGUUGAAACUUUCUUUUCCGAGAUUCCCUAGCUUUAAGACGGUUUUUUUCCAAGUUGCAAACAAAAAGUAGUUUUGAUCACAAGGCGCUGAUUAGAAGUCGACAGUGAUUUGGACGUGCUUUGGCACUAACUGUGACAUUUUCUUCACUUUGUCUGAUUCCUUUACACUUCCACCAUAGUUAGUAAAGAGGACCCCUCUAACUAAGGGCCUGUUUACAAGGAGUGGGGGACCCCGGUCUAGUGGGGUUGGUUUCUUUUGUUUCCACGCUCUGGGGGACACAAAACAAAAGAAACUAGACCGGGGUCCCCCACUCCAUGUAAACAGGGUCUAAGUAAUAGAUGACAAACGGUUCGUGACUGGGGAGAAAUUGGCGACAUUAUCCUCACUUGGUCAGACACUUCCACCCCUUCGUACCUAUUAAGAGUGAUUUUCUGUAAAAUUCGAACUACGGCCUGACACGGUACCUCAUCGAUUUGGCUGAUUUUUGGCAUGUAGUCUUAGAAUGGUGUCCUAAAUACUGAAUGCAUAUUCUAAGGUUCGAAUUCUCGUUGGUUUCAAAGAUACAGGAAUGACAGUUUUGACGAGGCCUCGAGCGGCCGCCAUGUUGGUGAACUGAAGGAGAUUUACAGUAAUUAAUUCUAGCCUUAUCAUUAAAAUAACUUAAUCGUGACUCAUACAGUUGCAAAGAACUAUCCUUCCUCCUUUCAUUUACCUACUCUUAUCUGAAAAUGGUUAAGCCUGAGCUACGAACGGCUAUAACUUCUCACAGCACUUUUUCGGUACUUAAAAGGUACACAAAUUUGGUAGAAAUUGGAAGGCCAAUAUCACCCAUGCCACAUCGAUUUAGACUAAGCCAUUUUAACUAAACAUAGUUUGUUUAUAGCUAAGUUAGAUUGUUGAAUAAAAUAAUUGGGCAAAUGCAACGGAACAGAAAUAUGAUUGCAUGAAUGCGCAGUGGUUCAGCCACUUGGCCGCUAAAACUUCAAAACAAAAUUCGGUGAAUAUUUGAAAAGAAAAUUCUUUAAAAAUUGAUCGUGCCUCUUAAACCCUAUCUAUCGCUUAAAAAACCCUCCCUUGUAAUGUAAACAGAUGAUCUUUUGAUUCUGAUCUUGCGAAGAGCUUGAAAUAUGCGCUAAAAUGAAAAUUAUAAAUUUUGUUACACACGGUACUAGCUCAAGUUCGCUCUUCGAUUUCCCAGACCAAUCGGGAGCCGCUCGUGUACUGCACAGUUACAAUUUUCUCUGUAGUAUUUCGCUGUAUACAGCUACAAAUUACAUAUUUUCUUAGGCAAAGAUAACGCAAACGUUGUCAAUUUUAAUCAAAAGGCUAGAAAAACCAACCGUGCACUGUAGCUUUAUGCAAAUUGUAUGGUAUUCGAUAAUUACACGUGUAAACAGGAACCUACCUUUGCUAAUGUACACUGUUUGGCAGAUCUUUCCAGCGUAAGAUAUAAAACUAGUACAUGAAAUGAAAUUAAAGAACUCAUCAAGUCAAAUUACCUGAUCGUACCGUCAUUACUGAAUAAUAAGUCCGCAAAAUAUGACAUGGAAUGAUCGGUGGGAGACGAAGCUAUUUUUAGGAGGACAAGGAACUGCACGCUGGAACGGAACUGAAAUGAACAACCUCAAUCAAGUUCAGUCUUCUUGACGCUAUUAAACGUUUCACCCGAAUUUGAACAGGAAGUUGUUUUCUAUUUUCUUUCUCAUUCUUGCAUGUAUUCUGCAGUUCGCCCACUAUUUUUUCGUAACUUUUAAUUUUCUAGCUAACUGGAACUGUUAAGAACUACCAACCCCCCUCCCCCCUCCCCCUCUUUGAGUGAACUUUCAUUCGGUCUGAUUCACAAUAAUUUUCGAACGGUGACAAAGUGAAAUUUGAAAUGACAUUUUAUUUAGUAUUUUUAAAAGCUCCUUCUUUUUUUCCCGAUAGCCAGGAAUGUUUUGAACGUAAAGGCUCAAGUGGCGGUGUUUUUCACGACUCUGCUUGUAGACUGACCUCACCACCAGUACCACGGACAUAAAAUCUGAUCGGAGAGGGUCAUACAGUAACUGAUGGGUCUCUGAAAAGCGAAAUGCAGUCACUUUGGGCGAGUAGGCUAUAUAGAUGAUGAACUCAUUGUUUAUAACCCCAUAACCGUAUCCCAAAAGUCGAGCCAGCCCGGGGCGAGCGAACACAAUUUUGGGGCCACUGGCCACGCCCUUAUGUUUAGCGGGAAAUUGGUUGAUUAGUCAAAUCUCCUUAACUCCACGACCAUGCACCUUUCCAAAUAUAGCCCUUCUAAUCAUCAUAUAGUUAGGGCCUCCCGUAAGCAUUUGCAACUAUUUUGAUUUGUAGAAGACUGUUUAACAGUUUUCAUUACCUUAAUGUCUCGUAAACAACACGAGUUACAUGUUCUGAUCUCUCCCCGCCCCCCCCCACCCUUCCCCCAUCCAUAACAAAAAAUUUUCAGACCAACACUGAAUUGCAUGAAGGUAUGUACAAAAAUAUGACCAUCUCGAGGCAAGGUUCAUCACUGUAACUUACCACAUAAAAGCCUUUUCGUUGUUUGCCAUCGACUGAUUCUGUUCUGAAUACUAAGGUUCCAUAAACAACGCCACGUUUAGAAAGAGCCCGCCCUUUUCAAUACAAGAAAACCCAAGUAGCAAUUUCACCAACGGACAUAAGCCGUAAGAAAAGGACCGCGUCAAAUAGUUCAUGAAAUCACAAACGCCUCAUGACACCUUUAAUUCACUCUUUCUUCGAUAAACUAAUUUUUAAUUUUUUAAGCAUAAAUGACAUCAGAAUGCGCGAUUAUGAGCAUUGUAGCUUAUGAAAAGAAAAUUUAACACCUGAUGCACAUGAAAGCGUCUAAGAAGGGGACUAGGGGGAAUUAGGAACAUUGUGCUUACCGCUGGAAAAAUAUUGGCUAGUUCUUUGAAUAGACUCAAUUAAAGCCGUUUUUGUUCAGUAAGGAGCUGUUAGAUGGGGGGAAAGCUACAUAAAGUAGAUCGCAUCAGAAUACGGCAUAGGACUAGGCUCUCAAAAUCGAUAAGCUGAAUGCAAGACCAAUUAUUAUGUAAAACAGAGAAAAAUUCCUUGAGGGAAAAAAAUUAUGGCUAGGGAAAAGACCCGAAGGUGGAAAGUUAGGAUGGUAGCUUCUUUUCAGGUAAUCGAUCAUUUACGUUAACUUCCGCUAUCCGACGGGCAUAUCGGAAAGACUGAAUGGAUGAGAGUAUAACACAUUCAAGAAGAAACAAAUUUGUGAUUUUUCACAACUCAAUAAAAUAACUAAAAUUGUGUACUACUCGGUUAUACAAGAUUUUUGUUUUCAAUUUCAGAUUUUUACGAUGGGGCAUUAGCCCCCGUACUCACUAGACACUACUGUACAAUCAUCGUGUUAAAAUCAGUGAAAUACUCCAAAACAAUUUGGAUUCCUACCCUUAUACCUUUAUUGAAAAUUAAAGUUGGGAAGUUUGUUGUUUUCUAAAAGUAGUUUGAACAGCCGAACGACAUUUUUUUACACGGAGUGGGGAAGGCAAAGCUUCACUUAUCUCUUCUAAGGUAGAAAGUGUCAGCAAAACGUGAGAGUCGUCCUUGAGGGUAAAGUGUCUAACCUAAUUUUCUCACCGAUUGCAAGUGCCAUUUCAUCCACGCAUAACCUCACCUAGUUAACAGAAUUAGCAAAUGUAGUGGGGAAACGUUGCGAGAGAACUGAGUAAGAUGUUAGGGUAAGUUUUGGAAAUUUUCCGCACACCUGGAAAGUCCUGGCUACGCUCCUGAUAGAGACUUUUGCUGGAGAGAAAUUGAAACAUGUUCGCUAAUAUAGUGACGACCAGAAAGGACAAGCCAUAGGAUAGUUCCAGAAAACCACCCAUUAAAAUAGAUCACGAAGUUGUCGCGGCGGAGGAUGAACUUGAAGGCAUCUGAUGAAGUGCAAUUUUUCAAGGGAGCCCAGACAAGAUUAUGUACGAUGGGCACAGCUUGUUUGAUCGGGAAAAUUUAGAGAAGCUCAAGGCAAAUCGCUAGACAACACAUGCUAGAGCUGAACUAAAAAUCUUUUGCGCCUUUGAACUCUGUCCCUAAGGGUAAAGGAGAAAGUUUCCCUUUAUCAAUGCAUUAACCGAGUUGAUUAUGAAUGUCUCCUUAUGUUGGACGUCUUACUAACAAGCACAUUACCACUACUUGCCCUCAGAGGCGUUUUUCAGUUGACGAGCAGAGAAAAUUAGGUUUUGACUGUUUGAAAUUCUGGAUGCCAGAGUGAAGACGCCUUUUGUAUGAUGACGUCAUCGUCCUACAGUAAAAAGCGUUCGUUUUUUACCACUGAUAUUACGUCAAUCGGUACACUUAUGUUGUCGAAAGGUCCGUGAGCAUGGUAAAUGAUUUUACCUUAAACUGCAGACACAUCUUCAAUCACUCCUUAUUGUUCGCGAUAUCGGAUAAACACUCUGGUCUCUAACUGAAUUUUCUUUGCUGUUUACUUUAUUUUGAAUUAGGACUGUCUUGUGUUGUCCAUGCAUUGUCUAGCGAUUUUAAGCUUUUUCAAGGAAACAAAAAUCUGGAAUUGUCCCUAGGGUGAGGCAUUUGCGCACAGUUUUAAAGCCCUUCGGUGGGGUGACUGUGGUUUUUGUUGUCCCGGGCUCAUCCCUCAUUCUUCUUAACCCCUUCCAAACCAAUUUUUCUGUUUAUCAAGAAUCUCCUCAAAACGGGCUUCGUGAUUGAGACAAAAUACCUGAAAAUUGUACACGGAACCGUUGUUAACGGUGUACAAGGUAGAAUGAGUCUAUUCAUUACUUUGCCAACGCCCAAUUUUUAAAACCGGAAGUAAUGAUGUUUAUUUCAAGGGCCCAUGUCUCAUGAGUUUUGAGUGAAUCUUCAAACGCUGUAAAUACAUGUAGCUGGAACUAUCAUCGCAUCGAUCCUCGCUCACUAAUAAUGAUAACUUAUAUCAACUUCCAUUAUUUAUUGCCUGGCUAAGAUUUUCACGGAUUCUUCAGUUCAGUUGUUUGAAACCAGGCGGUUUCACGUGAGUUGUAACGCCAGGCAAGGAACGUGACGACCCGCGAUAUGCGUGGGAAAAUAUUACUUUUUUUCGAUCAAGGUGGAAACUGGCAACUUUGUCGUUGAGUAAGGUAAUACAUCUCAAUUUUCAUUACUAUGGUUAAUUUUAAAAGCUCUGGUUUCGGUAAAGGAACUGGAGGAAAAUCAGGAAAAUUCCUGUUCGACUGUGAUAGUUGAAUUUUGUUUACGCGUCAUAGCAUAAACAUAACAAAUUUAUUUUCCUUUUCCUUAUACAAUCUGCCUUUUUUUAUACUGUUUUUCGCAGCAGAGUUAUCGAUUAUAUUACAGAGGCUAAUUUUAUUACACAGAUCACUCAGAUUUAAUGACAGAAACUCUAUUAUCGAUUGUAAUUUUGGCAACACCUGGCGAGUAUUCGGUGUACAGAUUAUUGACAAAGUCGCUAGAACAGUCUUCCAUUCAUUACUUUUGUUUCUGCUCCGUUAAAUUUGCCCAAUUUUUUUAUUAAUGAACUCGAUUUAACUACAAACAGUGAGUAUUCAGGCAGAUUGGCAAGCUUCAAUGCGAUGUGGCAAAAGAGAUAUACGCCUUUAAAAUUCUGUUAAUUUUGCGGGUGUAAAAAAUUCAAAAAGUAUACCCACCAAAAGUUUAAUCGAUCGUUGCGAAAACGUUAUCAAUUUCGAAGUAGUUUCUAAAAAUACAAUAAAGAGGGAUUGUUCUUUCAAUCUGUAUUGGCAAAGGAAGAUUAGCUUUGAAGACAGGGUUGUAGUCGAAGGCUCAAAAGCAGCUUCUAUUAACCAAUAUGGCGCCGGUCCGAGGCACCCAAAAACCGGCCAUGUCGAUAAUUUCCGAAGUAGGAGGAAUUAGAACCUAAAGUUACCUAUUCCUUAUUAAAGACCUCAAAUCAAGUCUACAUGCCAAUUUUUAGCCAAUUCGGUGAGAUAGUGUGGCAGCGCCUUUUUAAUAUAGCUCGAAUCUUACAGACAACUGCUCUUAAUUGUGAGAACUAAGUAUCGAAUGACCGCUGUUUCGUGCCAGGCCGGGAAAAGAUCUACUUAAUCCUUGCUUUGACAGACUGUUCCAAACUUCUACCAUUUUAGAAGUGUAGAACUAAGAAGGAAAGACAAAAAUAAAAUAUCUUGUGGUCAGCGUUGGACAAUUAAACUGCGUGCAGUCGCUUUUUUUCCUUAAUCCGUGACCUGUCGAGCGAAACGCGCGAGAGACGAAAAAGACCACGCGCGUGACUCAAAGCGCGAGGCAGGAGCUGCCGCCCUGGUUUCUCGCGUCUAGUGCUGUCCCCUCACUUUAAUAAUAUGAGGAAAAAGGGAGGCUGCUCGCUGUAGUCUACUGGACAAUUGUGUGAAUCUACAACCAAGCGACAGUUUGCGUGCCAAACUAUUCCUCACGAUAAAUAGUCGCUCAAAUGAAAAAAACUACUUCUUUUUCAAUUCUUCUUCAUUUUUCAGGGGGAAGUGACGUCAUGUGUGCUGCGAACAACUUCGAAUCCUUUCUUUACAGUUCGACUGUAGCGCUGCAGGCAGGAGUCUCUCUCGCAUUCAUUUUGCUUCGCAUUCCAAACCUUAAAUCAUCCUUAUCGUGGACUUUAUCUUGUUUUUCUUCUCUUUUUCAAAGCAGAAGACACUUCUUUCUUAUAACAGGAGUUUUACUGCACGUAUUUAGCCUGUUAUCGAGUAGUUUUGUUGAAGAGGAGCAUCAGACUUGGUACUUUCUUACAUCGACAUUUUUCAUGAUCAUUUUAUUUGAAAAAAGUGUGUCAUUUUGUAAGAAAAACACUCGCGUUGCGUCGGACGUAACACCAGAAAAAACCACUCAGUCAGAAAGCUUGGACGGUGAAAAUCGUGGAAGAUAUAGGAAAGAAAAACCCCUUAAUCACAGUUUAACGCACAUAGGCUUGAGUAAAGACCAAGUGAUUUUUACUGACGUGAACUUAGGCGAUCUUUUUUCAAGGAAAGAAUUUGUCAACGCUGAAACGAUUAGGAGGGAGAACAGUUGUUAUUCGAGGGAAGAGGCAAAAGCGCAGUAUAGAGACUUAUCGUAUUGUCUGGUUGUUUUCGUCCUUCUUGGUUUAGGAAGGCUAUCCAGAGCUUGGAAUCAAACUGGAAUAAAAUGGGCUGAUAGACCUGAUAUAGGAGAUUGGCUUGUUAAGCCAGAAAACAAGAUAAUAUUGUCAAUAACUUAUUUUACAUCACUUGUGUUUAUCGUUGGAUUCCGCUACGGUCGUCAUGAUAUUCUCACUUCCGCUCUGUUCAUCGUCGGUUGUGUGCCAUCCUACCUCUAUCGUGCUGUCACUGGAAAUGUUCAGUUUCCAUGGUUACCAAACGAACCAAUCACAAAAGGGAUCAUUGAAGCGCGAGUGACGUAUUGUUGCGUGAUAGCCAUGGUGUUGUGGAAUGUAAUUCUCUUAUUUAAGGCAAAUAACAGUGAAAAGAAGAGGCUUUUCCAGGAAUAUAUUUGUGAUGUAUGUGAACCUCUUGAAGGACUUCUGUCUAGUUUUUUGUUACUGGAAGUUCUUCUUCAGCGACCCCACAAUGCUGCCAUCUUGGCUAUUUUUGUACUUCAAGAAAGUAUAUUAAGCCAAGUACUCUGGAAAAGGUAGGUAUAUGGGGCAGUAUAUAUGACUCUGUAAGAAUGGGCCAAGUAGGCCAUUUGCAAGUUCCAAAAACACACUUUCAAAACGAGGUUAAGUUCAAAACCUUUCUUGCGAAAAUGAGCUUUAUUUGCAUGAGAAUAAAACACUGUUUUCAUAUCAAUGGCUUUACUGUAAGCCUUGCUUUGAAACAGACUUGGGGUUACUAGGAAAUGACGUAUUUAAUGAAUGAAUUGUUUUCUAGUUGAAAAACUUCUCGAUUAUCCUUCAAUAGUAAUAAGUUUAAGCUAGAAAAUACGUAGGUAAUUCGCGACAUUUGUUAAAAUGCAGACAUGGUUUCUUGAGAUGCAAAAGAAUACAUUACGUGACUCGUAAAAUGUCACAAAAUACUUAAAUCCUUGCAAGAAUUUGUUAUGAGUCAUGAUAUGUCCAAAAAAAGAACUUGAAAUCAAGCCAUGAAGUAUUGAAAGGGCGGUUUGUAUUUUGGAAAAUAGUUGAAAGGUACUUGAUUCACUGUGGUGUCCCUUCAACAUCUUGUUGUUGACAUCUUGGGCGAGGUUUGAAUUCUUGCUUUUGUGAAACUUAAAAGACUUCUUCGAACUCUGUCGCUUAGGAAGGAAAUUGAUUCAGUUAAUCUCGCCGUUUUGAUAACUGUCAAGUUCUCUCAUUACAUUAGAAACGUUUAAUGUUUGUUAUUUCUUAUUAUUUAUCACAUUUUCUCCGUAGCCAAGAGAAGUCGUGGAUUGUCACGUUAAGUUCCUUGUGGAUGGGCCAUGCCAUGUACUUUUCCCUUGGGAACUCAAACAGCCUGGCGUCAGUGGAUAUUUCUGCGGGCUAUGUUGGGCUAGAGGAUUUUGUACCCAGUAUUAUGGUCCCCCUCACAUAUGUAACCACUUAUUGCGGUCCUUGCCUGUGGCUGAUGGCUGGAAUCUUGUCUGUAAUACGAAAUACCAGAGAUGCAGUGAGGUGCGUACAAGUUUACCUCCACAUCACUUUGAUCUUUAUGAUAUAUUUUAUCAGCAGCACUACACAAGAUGGAACUAUUAUGUUUACCAUAUCGACUUAGAAAAGAAAUUGCUGCAUAUUUCGGCUCUGAUUUGAAAGGUUACAUUAACGAUUUUUUCCAAAGACUCAAAACCCCGAGGCAAACCUUUGGUCGGUAGAGAGAAAAUUCCAGCACAAGUUCCUGGUCAAAACAUGAAAUCAAAACCCUGACAAUGAGAACGUAACUAAUUUUACCAAAUAUAUGAGUACUGUACCUAGAUUGUCGGGCUCUGCCCAGUUUGCUUCAAGAGUCUUAAUUUUAAACGUAAACUAACGAACGUUUUAUUCAUCAUUUUCUUUAGUUUACAGGUCUCUCUCUACCAAACGUGUUACGUCAUCGCUGUCUGCCAGUCUCUGGUCCUUUGUGUUUACUGUACAUUAGUAUUUAGUCAGCGGUAUCAUCUGUUCGUCUGGAGUGUCUUUUCGCCGAAGUUGCUAUAUGAAACAACCAAAACUUUGCUGUGCUCUGUGUUUUCUAUUUCCGUUAUUUGUCUGACGUGUUUCGGAGUAAGAACGGAGCGGCUUAGCUUGCAGAAAUCUGAAUGA